AUGGCGGAAACGUUUCUGUUCGAUAUUGCAGAAAAGGUUGUCGAGAAAAUUGUCGGUCUCACUGUAGACGAAGUUCGCUUGGCGUUUAAUGUCAAAGCCGAUCUGAAAAAGCUGAAGGACACCAUGAUCAGCAUUAAAGCUGUGCUCUUGGAUGCCGAGCGGCAACAGCACCAAAAUAAAAAGCUGCGCCUCUGUAUGUGCAAGCUCAGAGACAUCUUUUACGAUGCUGAGGACGUUAUUGACGAUUUCAAGUGUGAAGCUCUCCGCAAACAGGACGCCAUCAAUCAUCCCAAUACCAACAGCUCAAAGGUGCGAUUUUUAGCUUCCUGUUGUACUUGUUUGCCUCUUUCAUUCUCUUUAAGAAUGGGUCAUAAAAUCAAAGACAUCAAUCGGAGACUAGACGAACUUGCUACUGAGUGGAACAGCUUUGAUCUAGGACCGACUAGCGACGAUCGACAUGUUUUGCGCAGAGAGACUUCCUCUUUUGUGGAUUCUUCUGAUGUUAUUGGUAGAGAUGAGGAUAAAGAGAACAUUAUUAGUAUGUUGAUGAAACCAAGUGAGGAUGGAAAUAUCCCUGUCAUUCCCAUUGUUGGAAUUGGGGGUUUAGGAAAAACCACGCUCGCUCAAAUAAAGGAGAAAGAUGUGGAUUCAACACUUGACGCCUUGCAAGCUCGUUUGAGAAGCCUUUUGAAUGAUAAGAAGUUCUUGCUCGUCCUGGAUGAUGUGUGGAAUGAAAAUCAAGCAAAAUGGGUUGAGUUAAGAAAUUUGUUGAGAUCGACGGAUGGAUUUUCUCGAAGCAAAAUUAUUGUAACCACUCGGCAUUCUAAUGUUGUCUUGAUAAUGAGUCCGAUUCGCCCUUAUAUAUUGGAAGGUCUCCCUCUUGAAGACUGUUUGACCUUAUUUACAAAAUGGGCUUUUAAUGAUGGUGCUGAGAAACAUUAUCCAAAUCUCAUUAGAAUCGGGGAGGAGAUUGUGAAAAAAUGCAAAGGGGUUCCCUUGGCAGUAAGAACAUUGGGAAGCCUACUGUUUCAGAAAACGGAUGAAUCUGAUUGGAUCUAUAUAAGAGACAGUGAAAUAUGGAGACUUGAGCAACAUGAAAACGAUAUUUUACCAGUGUUGAAGUUGAGUUACAAUUAUUUGCCAUCUCAUUUGCAACGAUGUUUUGCUUUUUUAUCCUUGUAUAAAAAGGAUAAGAUCUAUUCGAGUGACGAUGUCAUUCGUCUUUGGAUGGCAAAUGGACUCCUUGAGCAUCCGAAGCAAAAUCAAGAGUGGGAGGAUGUUGGUAAACGAUAUUUGAAUGAAUUACUGUCAAGGUGCCUCAUCCAAAAGGAGAACGAAUUUCGCUUGAAGUUUACCUUCAAAAUGCAUGAUCUGGUACAUGAUCUUGCAUUAGAUGUGUCUCAAAAAGAGUGUAAAAUAGUGAAUUCCGAAACAAAAAGGGUUGAUGAAAAUGUUCGACAUUUAUUAUUAUGUGAUGAGAAGUUGGUUGAAGUUCCACGUGUUUUGGAGGAAAUGAAAAAUGUUCGAACAGUAAUCAUCCAAUAUGCUUCAAAGAGAUCAAAGAUUGUUGAUAAAUCUCUUAUAAAUCUUUGUGUAUCCAAUUUCAAGUAUCUACGAGCAUUAGAAUUUAGGAAGUCGCCAUUGACGGCUUUACCGAAUUCCAUUGGUACCUUAAAGAGACCUUGACUUGGGCGGAUGUACCAGUAUACGUGAACUCCCGAGGUCUUUCAAUAAGCUUCGCAGCUUGCAAUCGUUAAAUUUGAGAGAUACUGGUUUGAAGCAGUUGCCUGACAGCGUGCAAAGGUUGAUUGAGCUUAGAUAUCUA